AGAGCAAAGAUGAGUUUGCGGAUAGUGAUUGAUGAUCGUGAACUAGCCUCGCGUUUGGCAGAGAUGGGAUACGAGAAUCUUCCGCCUGAACUCCUGAGGGCAUUGAAGAAAGAUAUAAAGAAGCUGGUCAAGCACGACAUCACCUUGGGAAAGUCAACAUCAAGAGAACUCAGUCCUGCGGUGGCGCCACAGUAUGUCUCGUCAUCUUCAUCAUCUGAAGCCUCAUCCACUUCCGUUCAACGGCCGCGAGUGACAGAAGCCACUGUUCAGACAGAACGAAUAUUUCACCACAGCUCAUCGGACGCCUCGUUGAGCUCGACGACUCCCUCAGAAGCUUGCAUCCGAGCCCAGUUGGCGGGUCUGGCCCCGCUAACCUGGCCACGUCACUGUUGUACCCGAGACGACGAUGAUGAUUUCGACUCAGUUUCUCCGCCGAAGAUGAAGAGAAGUUCAUCUGCCCCCACGUUCCGCGUCGCGAAGGCGAAAAAGCUGCAGAAAAAUGAUCCGGUGUCUUUGUACCACAAUUACCGGAAGGAUUGGGACAAGUUCAACAUCCCUGGAGCGAAAGGAGCUGGGAAGAAGUUCAACUGACGAAUGCGAGACAGAAGAACAAAAUUGAACCAUGCGGAGUGUUUUUUUGUGAUAGCGAUAUGUGUUGACCAUGUUUAAAUUUACACGUUUUUUUUUUCAAACUUCUGAAGACUUCUCUUGAAUUUUAAUUUUUUUUCCACUUCGAUGACCUUUUUUUUCGUUUCCACUGCAUAGGUGUCGCCUGAAUCUGUUCUCGGUUUGAUUCGUUUAAAUACUUCAAUGGAUUGUAAGUACAAAUAUUCCAGCUGUAUGAUAAUGGCUGUCUUGCUUGGUAUUCUGAAAUAAUGAAUUAAACUUCGGGUACAGCUUAGAGUUAGGGUACCUUUGUCUGUGAAUCAGGCGACAUCUGUGGGACAUGUCAGGAAACAAACUCGGGU